AUGGCCACAAAGAGGAAGCUUGCCAAGGUUGCUGCGCCAGUCCAGCAGAGCACCAAACUGCCCAACUCCACCAGGAUAGACGAGAGCAGAACAUCAGUCACAGUGCCUAUACCUGCAAAGCCCAAAGCAUCAAAACAAGUCGAGACAAUCGAGAUCUCAAGUGACUCUGAGAGCAACUACGACGACAUCUCCGACGUGGACGAUGACGAGGUCACAGAAGAGCAGACUGCACAGCCAGGCGACGGACAGCCGAAAUUGGAUGGAAAUGAGGACACCGAGAUGCAAGAGGAGGGCGAGGAAUCAGAUGCAGAGCCCACAUUCGGCGACCUGAUCCGCAACCAUGAGACCGUCGAUGUUGCUGCUGCACUCGGUGGCGGGCAAUCGACCGAUGCGAGCACCGCCCUGACAGCCGCCCCUCAACGACAAAUAGCACCACCCUCCACCUCUUCCAUCGGCAUAGUACUCGCGCAGGCUCUGCGUACCGACGACGCUGACCUUCUCGAGUCCUGCCUGCACACCUCCGAUGCCACCGUCAUUCGCAACACCAUCCAAAGACUAGACUCCAGCCUGGCAGGGGCGCUACUAACACAACUCACCUCACGUCUCCACCGGCGCCCUGGCCGUGCACACAACCUCAUGACCUUUGUCCAGUGGACACUAAUCGGCCACGGCGGCGCAUUGGCAACCCAGCCAGACAUCCAGAGACGGCUUGCCGAGCUGAACAGGGUACUGGAGGAGAGGACGCGGGGCCUGAACAGCUUGCUCGCGCUGAAGGGAAAGCUGGACAUGUUGGAGGCACAGAUGACUCUGCGCCGCGGGAACAAGUCUCGUCGGGCGUCGGGUAAGGACCACGACGAUAGCGACAGCGAUGACGACGAGGAGAAUGGUGAGGAGGCGGGCCUCAUUUACGUUGAAGGCCAGGAGGACGACACCACAUCGAACGGGCUGUCACGGCGGAGAGGGGAUGACGAGGAUGACGACUUCCCUGUGGUCAACGGUGUCGCCUCCGAUUCCGAGGAAGAGUCAGGCGACGAGGAUGAGGACGAUAUGGACGUCGAUGAGUUCGCCGAGGAGUCAGUGGAUGAGGACGAGGUGGAUCACGACGACAUCGAGGAGGACUCGGCUGAGGAAGACGAGAGCGAGGCCGAGGUCGCGCCCCCUGCGAAAGUACAAAAGAACAGCAGAUCCUCCUUUUCGAAAAAGAGGUAA